AAAAAAAAAAAAAAAAAAAGAAAAAGGGAAAAGGGAAAAAAAAUUCGAUUUCCAACUGGGGACGAUUUUUUCGUAUUUUUUUUUUAGCAAUUUCUUUUCUUUUUCUUUACUUCUUCCCUUUGUCUCUCUCUUUUCGUUUAGAUAAGCCAUUUCCAUCAUCAUGUCCACCGCAUUUUCCGACGCUGAAAAAGAUCAGUUGAAGGCUACCUUUGAUCAUUUCACUCAUGGUCACGGUAUGACCGCUGAUACACUUGCUGAAAUCUAUCGCAAAGCGAAUAUGACAGUUACUCAAAGUGAAAUUGAGCAUCAGCUCCGUCUUGCAGAUACAAAGGGUCGUGGACGUCUUGAUUUCGAAGAAUUCCUUCAUGUUAUGGAAAAGCAACGCGAACAUCAUGCUGAAGGAGGCUUCCAGAAGGUGUUCAACGAAAUGGACUCCGACAACGAUGGUCUUAUUUCCGGCGAGGACCUUAAGCGCUGCAUCGUCGCCUUCGGUGAGUCUGUGACUCCUGAUGAAAUCAAGGAAAUGAUGUUGGCUGCUGAUGUCGAUGGUGACGGUUUGAUCAACUAUGAAGAAUUCUUGAAGAUCUUGACUCCUUCCAAGGUCAACGGUCAAAGAUAGAUGGUGAAAAAUGGAGAAAAACAUUGACUGUUUGUUCUCUUUUUGUCGACACUUUGCAUAGUUUGAAUUUUUUUUUCUCUUGUUUGUUCAACAUAUAAUAAU